AUGCCAGUACAAAUCAACACCUGCAUCGAUUAUAUUGCUCCCAGCCGUAAGCAGUUCCUCGUGUAUACUAUGGAAUUACUGACAGAUGCAUACAGCAAGCGACCCCAGCCGGAACCAGACCUCCCCUGCCUGCCUGCCCGCCCAGUUCCUCCACUCUGCAAUACCCUGCACGUCUCUUACUCUCGAAAUAUGCCGAAGUCCAACUCCACCAUCGCUGCACCACUGCGGGAAGCACUCUGCGAGUGCUUCCGCUCGAUCACCCGCCUAGUCCGGCCAGAAUUACGUCGUCAUACCAUCCUGGUUGGCUGCGCAGCCAGCAUUGCCCACUCCUCGGUCCUUGUGACAGAGGACGUGGAUGUUGCGGCCCCUUCCAGCGCGUUAACUGAUAUCUGGAAGGGUAUUUUGGCCGGCGCCCCCAACCUUUGCUUCGAAUCCGACGGCAAAAUCUCGUUCGAUGCCCCUAGACAAGACAUCCGACUCCGAGUCGACCUGCUCGAGAUCGGCAACGGGUGCAUCGAACGGAUUCACAUGACAGAACCCUUCUUUGCAGAGUCUGUUGCGUCCGUGUCGGAUUUGUUGAGGUUGCGGGCCGUGACGGUGGUCGAUCGUGGGAGCGAUGGUGAAGUUGAAGACUUUCAAUGGCUAUUGUUGAGGGUGGCGUGCAUGGGUCAAUUACUUCCAGAGCUCGACGACGAGGAACUGGAGUUCUAG